AUGGACCCGGCUUCUUUCUUGCAGCUGCCACCCCAGUAUCUCGACGAUUCGGCCUCCAACUACGGCUCCUCCGUUCCCGGCGACUGCUUCGACGAAGACUCUCACUCCGAUGCUGGCCGCGACUCUCCCUCCAACGCUGACUCUCUUGCGGAGGAAUCCGACGAUGAGGCUGCCCCGGCAAUCAGCUCCGACGACAUGGCCCGGCUGCGGGCCAUGAGCUUAUUCCGCAGCCGCAACCACAAGUGCGAUUGCGACCGUGGCGGUGACGCCGGUGACCGAAUGCGAGCCAGAUCCCAAGACGCGAGCGCCCGCGAUCACGCCCGCGACGCGGCUCAAUUAGAUAUGAGCAACAGUAGCAGCGACAGCGUGUGCGACCCUGUAGUCAGCUACCUGCCACAGGAAUUGCCACCGGGCACGAAGCCCGUAAGGCUGGUCGGUGAAGGAGCCGCCAAUGUUGUCUUUGAGAUCAAACUGCCCCCCAAUAGCGGCAUGGACGCCCACUUUCAAGGCAAACUUCUCAGAGUGGCCAAAGCACAGGCCCUUAGUCGCACUCCUGUGUCGUCCAACUAUUAUCUGCGCCAACAGGAAUUCUUCAUUCGAGAGAUCCAACCGCAUCUUGGCGACCAUGCCGUGCGCCAGGAGCUGGUAGUGCUGCAUAAGUCCAGCAUUGUGAAUGAGCUCAACGACAUGCUUCGGAAAUCCAACCACCUGCGUAAGACCAAAUUUCAGGGAUCGUACAUUGGCCGCGCCUCCUGGGGAUUUCUUGUGGAGGACAUGCGACCAAGUGGCGCCGAUGACUCUAUACUCAUCGAAUUCAAACCCAAGUGGCUGCUACAGUCGCCUAGUGCUCCCAAAAAUGCCAUCAGAUGCAGGCAGUGCGCAUUGGAACUUCGCAACUAUUUGAAGGCCCCCGGCACAAAGGCUCCAUGCCCGGAAAAGAAGCCCUGUCCGAUUACACUUGCAAAUCCCGAUUGCCCCCAGCAGGUCGCAUCUCCAUUUCGAAUAGCUCCGCAACUUUCCGGUCUACACAAUAACGAGCGUAUCCAGGCGGCUCUCGAUAAAAUCAUUCAUCACAAAGCGAUUCAAGCACUGAGAAACUGCCAGAGGAGUCUUGAUGAUGCAGGACCCCUAAAACCGAAACCCAAUCUGGACUUUAUUAUCGCCAUGACGCUGCGUGACUGUACGUGCUUUGCACUGAUUCCUCCCAGCGGCGAUGGGGAAAUCAAACUUCGUUUUGGUGAUUUCGAUUGGAAAGAUCCUGAGAAAAAGUCCGUUCAUUGGCGUGGAACUGAGAAGGAUCUCAUCGACGGUGGCUUCUAUACUGCCGACUGGGUUGUAUGCGGCGACACAUACUACCAUCCACCAUCACUGUGCUCGCUGGAGUGGUCUGGCAAGCCUCGAACGGGUGAGCCAGUCAUUAUCCUCAUGGAAGAAGAUACGAAUAAGCCUAAAAAGAGCUCCUAUCGUCAAAACAGUGGCCUUUCUUCGCCUACGGUUACGAAAACAACAACAUAUCGGCACGAGACGAAUCUUACAGCUCUGCGCAAAGGCCUGGAGCCUUUUACAAGAGUUACAGAAGGCGCACCAUCUGAUUCUAUUUACAACAACCCCUUGAGGUGCAGUCCUUGA